AUGAGGCCAUAUAGACGACAAGUGUCUAAGUCAUUAAAUGAUGAAAAUCUAGAACCGAAAGGAAAAUUAGCAACUAACAUUCACUCUGACUUACAAAAUAGAAGAGAAGCUUUGAGUGACGUAACCCAAUUGAACGAAAACACAGAUUAUCGAAAGAAGACGGUAAACGAGACUCUCAAGCAACAAUCUGUCUCUAAAUUGCAGACGAAUAAACAUCAAAAUUUCAAGAAACAAAGGUUGGGAGCGUUACUUUCUUCUUCGAAUAAUCUUCGAGUGUCAACUUCUUCCUCAACUCAUAACGAUACUGAUGAAAUUCAAGGAUUUGAAGAUGGUUUAGAUGUUGGGGAAAAUCAUGCUCAAUCAUCAAAUUAUGAAAACUCAGAUGAUAUUCCGAUAAAUAACUAUUUCGAUAAAGUUGGGGAAUCAAGAGUUCUUGAAUUAGACUUUGAGAUAGAUGAAAAGGACACCAGGUACGAACUAUCUGAGCUCCCUGCUCAAGAUGCAAUAUCUCAACUAGACAGCUUUGCUUCUGAUGAAGAUGAAGACGAGUAUGAAGAUGAUGCUCUGAAUCGUCCUAUGGAACCCAAGUGGAACAAAGCGAUAUUCAAUGAACUUCAAAAUAUCAUGAAAAAAUUUGCAAGAAACACGCUUGAUGAAAAUGACGAGGAUACAUAUGAUGUAACCAUGGUGGCAGAAUAUGCACCGGAAAUAUUUAACUACAUGCAUGAACUUGAACAUAAACUACUCCCAGAUGCCAAUUACAUGGACAAUCAAGAUGAAUUAAAAUGGGAAAUGAGAGGUGUCUUAAUUGAUUGGGUAGUACAGGUACAUACAAGAUUCAAUCUAUUACCAGAGACGUUGUUUUUAACUGUUAACUAUAUUGAUAGAUUUUUAAGUAAGCGAAAGGUGUCUUUGUCAAGAUUUCAAUUAGUUGGAGCAGUAGCAUUAUUUAUCGCUGCAAAAUACGAAGAAAUUAAUUGUCCAACUGUCCAAGAGGUGGCUUAUAUGGCGGAUAACGCAUAUAGUGUUGACGACUUCCUCAAGGCUGAACGCUUUAUGAUUGACGUUCUUGAAUUCGACAUGGGUUGGCCAGGACCUAUGUCCUUUCUAAGAAGAACUUCAAAGGCUGAUGAUUAUGAUUAUGAAACGAGGACUUUGGCAAAAUAUUUUCUUGAGAUCACGAUCAUGGAUUCAAGAUUUGUCGCAUCUCCACCAAGUUGGCUAGCAGCUGGGGCACACUAUUUGUCACGUCACUUGUUGGGAAGAGGUGAGUGGACUGAGGCGCAUGUAUUUUACUCAGGAUAUACCGAAGCACAAUUGGCGCCAUUGGCUACCAUAUUGUUACAUGACUGCAGGAAUGCAGAGGUACAUCACAAGGCAAUAUUUGAAAAAUAUCAAGAACGUCGAUACAGAAGAAGCUCCAGCUUUGUCCAAGAAUACCUCCGAACGAUUGAAAGGGAACAGCUCUAA